UCUUUCUCCUGCUCAUUUCUUUGUUUCCAACUAAAGAUUUUGUUAAACCACAUCAUCUUACUGCUACGGGAAUCAAGCUAUAUAAAAUGCCAAGGAGUGCCCUCUUGAUCGACAUUAGAAGACAGGCAAUCAAGAUAAAGAAAAUGCCAAGGGGAGCCGGCUUGACUGACAUUAGAAGACAGGCAAGAAUUUCAUCCCCAUAUCAUAUAACAGCCUCUCAAAAAGGUCAUGAUGAGAGACAUGAUUCGUCCAUAAUUGCACCUCGCGUAAGGUUAAUUAAUAUUAGAAUACAGGCUAGAGAAGUGACAAAUACAUCUCCAGCAAUUCCUAAAGACGCUAAGAGCUGUUUCAGUAAAUCCUGUUUGAUGAACAAUUCACUGUGGAGUAGUAAGAGUAUGUUACGGGCAAUCAACCAUAUGAUUUUGGGCAGUCGGACUCUGGGUAAAGGUAGAGGAUGAGGAAACUUUAUAUUGGUUUCAUCUCAGGGGCGGAGAUUUCAAAUUGGCUCUUAAGAAUGCAUUUACGAAUGCCAAAACUGUUUCGGAUGCAAAGAAAGGCUUUAAGUAUAUGGCUGGGUCGGAUAGAUCCGUUUAUCUAUAACUAUAUUAUAAACUUAAUUUUUUACUUUAAUAGUUAUGCUAUUGAUUGUAAAUUUGAUGUCAGAUGCAUAGUUGUGAGUACCUUCAUAUGCGUACAUCUAUAUAUAUCACAUCUCUUUAUUUA